ACAGGACAGGCUUUAGUGGAGGGCAUUGAAACGAUGGAAGUCUACAAAGCACUCUGUUUGGUGACUCUACUAGUUGCCCUCUUUUCAAAAGUGUCUCACUCUCAGUUGGAUGUGUGUGGAAUCUCUCCUCUCAACACUAGGAUCGUGGGGGGUCAGGAUGCUCCUCCAGGGAGUUGGCCAUGGCAGGCCAGUCUGCAGAGAUCUGGCAGCCAUUUUUGUGGGGGAUCCCUUAUCAACAAAGAGUGGGUGCUGACUGCUGCUCACUGCUUUCCCAGCACCAGUACAUCAAAUUUGGUGGUCUACGUGGGUCGUCAGAGCCAGCAGAGCUCCAACCCUAAUGAAGAGAGUCGUACGGUCACUCAGAUCAUCUGCCACCCCAACUACAGCAAGAGUACAAGUGACAACGACAUGUGUCUGCUGAAGCUCUCCUCCCCCGUGACUUUUACCAACUACAUCCGGCCAGUCUGCCUAGCUGCACCAGGCAGCUCCUUCUAUGCUGGCACUACUAGCUGGGUCACAGGCUGGGGCACCCUCAGCUUUGGUGGAUCUGUACCACAGAUCCUACAGGAGGUAGAUGUGCCAGUAGUGGGAAACAAGCAGUGCAACUGUAAUUAUGGAGUUGGCGUGAUCACUGACAACAUGAUCUGUGCUGGUCUAUCAGCAGGAGGAAAGGAUUCCUGUCAGGGGGACUCAGGAGGUCCGAUUGUGAGCAAACAGGGUCCUCGCUGGAUCCAGUCUGGCGUUGUGAGUUUUGGCAACGGCUGUGCUCUGGCAAAUUUCCCAGGUGUGUACGCCAGAGUUUCCCAGUACCAGACCUGGAUCAACAGCCAGAUUACCAGUGACCAGCCAGGCUUCAUCACCUUCUCAUCCAGUGGGACUGACUCUGACCUCAGUGUCACCUGCACCACCACCCCCCCCCCUACUACCACACCCGCACCUGUGGUGUGUGGCAGCGCUAGCGCCUCUUUGAACUCCCGUAUUGGUGGGGGAAGCUCGUUGGCGACAGCAGGCUUGUGGCCCUGGAUAGCCAGCAUACAGAAAAACGGAGCACACGUUUGCGGGGGCACGUUAGUGGCGGUGGACUCUGUCAUGAGCGACGCUAGCUGCUUCUCCAGCCAACCCAACGCCUCUCAAUGGACCGUGAUCCUGGGUCGUCUGAAGCAAACCGGCUCCAACCCUAACGAGGUAACCCUGAAUGUCAUCAACAUCACCAUGAGCAACUUGACGGGCAACAACGUGGCCAUCCUCCGACUGGCCAGCAAACCCAAGUUGUCUAACUACAUCCAGCCUAUCUGUGUGGACCAGGGAACCAGCAACUUCAACACAGGGACUAAGUGCUGGGUGGCUGGCUGGGGCACUGGCCAGGGUGGGGCUGAGCAAGUCCUGCAGGAGUUCCAGACCUCUGUUGUGGAAUGCGUGAAUGUUUCAUCUUUGGACAACAUUUGCACCGGACCUGUGACACUAUUGCAGAGUGAUGUGGGUGGUCCUCUGAUGUGUAAGCAGGGCAACUCAUGGUUUCAGACUGCUGUGUUGACUGUCGAUAGCAGCAACGCCACAAGCAGCAACACCACUAGCACUAGCAAAGCACGAUGGAGCCAGAGUCCUCGCGCCUCCACCAUCCAAGUCUUCACCAAAACCUCCCGCUUUAAGAACUUCCUAGCUACCAAUUUGGGAACCCUCCUAUCCCCCGCCUUAGCUGGUGGCAGCAGUGGAGCUUCCAUGGCCCACUCCUCCUUCUCUCUCUUCCUCCUCUUCUCCCUCUCCUUUGUCCUCCUGUUGGGCUGGGAUUGACACUAAGCAACUCAAUGCCAACCAUUGACAAGCCCUUUCUGUAACUUCCAACUAACCAAAAGUCAGUGACUGGCAGAGUGUGUCAAAGCAGAGUGUGUCAAAGCCAACGUUGAACUCAGGGAGCCUUCAUCUCCGGUCACUUGAAUUAUGAAUGUUUACAAUUUCCCCUUUGUCAAAGUCAAUCGAUAAAAUAUAUUUUUGCUGUCACAAUU